UCCUCCUUCCUCCUCCUCCUCCUCCUCCUCCAUCCUCUGUGUAGUGACAGGAUUUGUAACGUCAGUCUCGGUGCUGGAAGAAGCACCGUGCGUCCCCACCUGCGUUUAUUAUGAGUGUGUGGUUGGCUGGAGGAGUUACCACGAAGCUCCUGCAGACAGACAUUUUCUGAUCAUCCAGGCUGUCAGACUUAAACCAGCGGGGGCCACCUUUGCGUCUCAGCCCUCCUCCCGUGGUGGCAGAUACCGCCACAUUACCUUCUCCUCUCUCAGAUCACGCACAUUUCACGCAUUUCUUCUGCGCUGAAAUGAAAUCCUGACCGCUGUCCGCGGUGCUGAAACUCAACAUUUCUGCGUCUCCGGCUCAUAAUUUGACGCAAAAUUGAGCCCGCUGGACACAAGCGGAGGAGGAAAGGGUGGAACUACCUGUUAGCUUCUCCGGGAGGCUGUGCGGGAUUAUGCGGGCUCUGCUGCGCGUCUGAAGGGACUGAGAAGUGUCCUUUCAUAUUCAAUCAGCGCAUUUAAAUUCGCAUCUGACCUACUUUGUGCAAGUUGGGAAUAAAAAGCGACGCAGUGCAUGCUCUGGUUGGAGAUGAGGAUGGAGGUGAUGUGGGGGAACUUCCAGUAAAAUCACCGGAGAGUUAAAGGAGGAGGAGGAAGAGCGGAAAGCGUGCGUGAAGAGCCAGAGGUGUCCGCGUCUUUGCGCGGGGACAGAGAAGGUUAUGACCGCGUCUCUUCACCUGAACCUCGGGCUGCUGCUGCUGCUGCUGCUGCUGGCCUGCUGGCAAACACCGGGCAUGGUCGGAGCAACUGUGCCAGCAGCCCCCGUGAAUGUCUCCGUGACCCAGCUGAGGGCGCACUCGGCCAUGGUGACCUGGAACGUCCCUCAGGGAGACACUGUCAUCGGAUACGCCAUCUCACAGCAGAGGCAGGACGGCCUGAUGCAACGCUCCAUCCGAGAGGUGAACACGUCCAGCCGCUGGUGUGUGCUGUGGGACCUGGAUGAGGACACACACUACAGCGUCCAGGUGCAGUCUGUUGGGCUGAAUGGUGACAGCCAACCCAGCCGUGCAGUCCACUUCAGGACUCUGGAGAGGAGCGACCAUUAUCCAGCCGGAGUCCUGGACCACCAUGAACCAGCGAUGGAAGGUCUCGGAAUGACUCCUCACUUACAGACAGGAGAGCUGCUCAUUAUCACCACUGUGCUGCUGCUGUGGGCAGCCGUCAUCGCCCUCUUCUGCCGACAGUAUGACAUCAUAAAAGACAACGACUCCAACAGCACUAAGGAGAAAGCCAAGAGGCCGCUGGUCCGAGCCACCUCCUCCUACUACAACGCUUCGGCUGGCAGCUCGCCAGUCUACCACAACGGAGCUGUACGCAGCAGCAGGCUCCACAGAGCCUCCUCCUCCAUCAGCAUCAUUAGAGUCUAGAGGUCUGGAUGUUGCUUUUUGAGGCUCGCCAGGAGCACGCAGACGGGUGGAUCCGAUUGAGCAGCGAGCCUGAGGAGAGUUUAUAGACCAGACUGAGAAUGUAUUGUAAAAUCAAAGUAAGGAGCACAUCAAAAGAAAAGUGGAUGACUACUGCCCUCUAGUGGCAGAACACUGGCUUCUUCAGCUGAUCUGAACACAGACCUACUACAGGAACUCAAACUACUUCCUGCUGUAUAUUUGUAUUAUUAUUAUUUUUUGUUUAUCUCCUUCUCUCCAAUGUCAGAGACUAACUGUGAAUAUUUGCCAGCAUGUCGGCCAACCAUGUGCCAAAUCCUGUCUGCAUCCAAUGAAUGAAUCAUCUCACAAAGACACAUGAAUGCAAGAGUGCGAUGUUGUGACCUCUGCAUUUGUUUACAUUACAUCUCAUCGUCAAUAAUUAGAUGUACAGUACUAACAUCCAAACACAUGUAUUAUAUGUAAUUAGAAUAUGUACAUAGGUCAAACUGGAAAUAAUUUAAGAGGAAUUCAAAUGUUGAAUGUACAGGAUGAUGGUGUAAAAGUUUAUUUAAAUCAACUCAUAAUUUCCCAUUUUUAUCUUGUUAUAAAGUCUUAAAAUGAGGACUAAAUGUUUGAAUGUCCAUCUGAUCGUUCUCUGAACUCAUUAAAUGUAACAAAUCAAAUCAGUGAAUUGAGUCAAUUCAACUCAAUUUCUGAAUUACUGAUUUUCUUAGUUACUUUUUUCUCUUCUCGUUCUUUCCUUCUCUUCUCGUC